CUUGUGCAGUGAACGUUACAGUUCGUAAAACAUGACAUUUCCGAGGUACUUGACUCAAAAAGAAUUAGAGGCGGCUGUGGACGAGAUCGUGAUGGAUGAGGACAAUAACAAUGAAAGCCAACAUAUUGACGCGGUCUAUAUUCCACCCGAAGUUGAUACCUUGACUGACGAAGAAGAUAUCAACGAUAACAUAAAUCUACAAGAGUUUGGGGAACCAACUGAUAUAGUUAGAACUUUCGAGUUACAUACACCGAAUGAUACAGCUGUCCUUCAACAGUCCUGUAAUUCAUCAACUACUGAACCUGAAUGGGAUGAUGAAACCCUGGAAUUCAAAAGAACUUUCUUCAAACGACAGACUGUCAAAUGA